CCUGACGGGUGGCCCCUCCGCCUGCGCCCCCGCUGAGCUUCGCGCGCCGCCCUCCUGCCCCCUCCUCCCCUCCCCUCCUUUCGGCUCCAGUCCCGACACCUCCGCGCGGAACCCGGGGAGGGGGAGGAGCCCUCCUGGGUGACGCCUGGGGCCCCGCUCGCCGGAGUGCGCCCGCCCCGGGGCCUGGGGCGAGGGCGGGGCUGCGGACUUGGGACUCCAGCCCCAGACCGCCCGCUGCCCAGCGGACCGGGCAGCUAGGCUUUCAGGGGACGAAGCCAUGACGGCGCCGCGGGGGCUCUGGCCCGAGGUGCAGGACACCUGCACCUCGCUGGGGUUGAUGCUGUCGACCGUGCUGUUCGUGGCGCUGGCUCGCGUGGUCCUCCGGCGGCAUAUGCACAGACCCACGGCCCACACUUUUGUCUUGGAGUUUCUGGCCACCUUCCAGCUCUGCUGCUGCACCCAUGAGCUGCAAGUGCUGAGCGAGCAGGAACCCGCGCAUCCCACCUGGCCGCUGACGCUAGUCUAUUUCUUCUCCUUGGUGCAUGGCCUGACCCUGGUGGGCACCUCAAGCAACCCGUGCGGUGUGAUGAUGCAGAUGAUGCUGGGGGACAUGUCCCCCGAGACAGGGGCGAUAAGGCUGUUGGCUCAGCUGACUGGUGCCCUGGGCAGCAGGUACUCUAUGAGCGCCCUGUGGAGCCUGGGACUGACCAGGUAUCACGUCAGCGAGAGGAGCUUCACUUGCAGGAAUCCCAUCCACGUCGAUUUGCCCAAAGCCGUCGUCAUAGAGGCCAUCUGCUCCUUUAUCUUCCACAGCGCUUUGCUGCACUUCCAGGAGGUCCGAAACAAGCUUCGUAUCCACCUGCUGGCAGCACUGAUCACCUUUUUGGUCUAUGCAGGAGGAAGUCUGACGGGAGCUAUAUUUAAUCCAGCUUUGGCACUUUCACUGCAUUUCAAGUGUUUCGAUGAAGCCUUCCUCCAAUUUUUUAUAGUAUACUGGCUGGCUCCUUCUGUAGGUAUAUUGUCCAUGAUUUUGUUGUUCAGCUUUUUCCUUCCAUGGCUGCAUAACAACCAUACGACUAAUAAAAAGGAAUAACUAUUCCCAAGGACUCGGACUAAAUGGCAGGACAGUCAGCUGGCCACAGAGACUGUGUCACCUCACAGUCAACACACUGGCUGCACUGGAGUCGUCAGCGCCAGCUUCCUUGGAGGAAGCUACCUUAGCUCUCCUCACUGGGACUUAAAAAUUUACUGUGCAACAAGGUACUCUGUGUUUCUCAGUUAUGACUUCUUUCAAGUGUGUAUUAAAUGCUGCUAGAAAAGACCCACUACAUUAAAUAUAAAUCUCAAGUGAUAAUCGUUCAUUUUGAUGGGGAAAAAAGUGAGUACAGGCUGAGAAGGGAAAGGAAGGUGAUGGCAGGCCCAAAGGAGGAGCGUGUGUAUCCAGCGUCUCUUGAGUGAACAGGAUCUUUAACUAAGUGCACAGCACCAUGUGCUCACAGAGCCGCGGAGAGGCCUCUUUCCAGCCAGCACCUCACACCUGAUACCUGGUGUCGCCUCUCAGUAGGAAAGUUGCUUUGGAAGUAGAUUAUAUAUCUAUUCACACUCAAGGGUUUUCCUACAUUUUAAAUAUAUUCUAAUCUAAAAUAUUUUGUUUAAGCAAAGAGACUCCCUAGCUUUAGGCAAGCUGUUCCUCUUUAUUAGGCUAUAAUCAAACAAAGCACCCACACAAUUUGAGGGGGUAAGCUUUUCACACUCUUAUUUGAUCCUAAUCAAAGUAGGUGGGGCAUGUAUUUUUAAUCUGUUCUACAAAUAAGGAAACUAAAUCUAGGGGGGCUGCUGCCCUGCCCAAGGUCAAAUGUAGCCAAAUACCCUCUUGAGGACUCCUACUUCGGUGCAGGUUCCCCAUCAUCAGUAUGACUAAAGGGAAACUGAAGACUUUGAAGAAACAUUAGAUACUUUGUAACGUUAAAAUUUGUUUAGGAAUUAGCUUUUUUUUUUUUUUUUAAGGCUUAAAGAACCUUUGAAUUUUCCUCUACUAGAGCCCUCCUUUAUUGUACGAGGUCUGCUUUAUUAAAAGUCCAGGCCAUGAGUUAGGUGUGUUUCUCUCCAAGGGCAAUUCCAUUAUCAGGAUUAGAAUUGAAGUAAAAAAAAUAGGGGGUGAAAUAAAAUCUGUUUGAGUAAUAAUCAAUUAAGCAAGUGAUAAAUUGCCAGGUAAUUUAAGUGCAGCUUGGCGAUCAGCUUCUAGAUAGUUCCUGUCUUUGCUCCUGCAGCCUGAACCGCCCAGGCCACCCGACAGGCAGCGCGCCAGUGUGCAGGUCGUGGACUCCCAGUGCACACCGAGGCAGCUCCUGUUCUAGAAGCAGAGUUCCUGAAAUUGUGACAGUGGCUGAAUGCAGUCUCUGACACGUUUAAAACAUAGAAAGCUAGUAUUUUAAGUCUUUUUACCAUAAAAAUCCAGUUUCUCUUGCAAAAUAUCAAAAGAUCUAGCAAUAGUAGGCCUAAAUUCUGCCAUGGGAACAACAGAAAGUAGUUGUUCCCUUUAAAGUGGUCCCUUUGGCCCUGGCCUGCGUGGCUCGGUCAGUUGGGUGUCAUCCAGCAAAGUGAAAGGUCACUGGUUGGAUUCCUGCAGGGCACGUGCCCGGGUUGUGGGUUUGGCUCCCUGUCGGGUGUGAGCAAGAGGCAAACUAUCAAUGUUUCUCUCACAUCGAUGUUCUCUGCCUUUUUCUCCAUCCCUUCCCCUUUCUCUAAAAAAUAAAUAUUUUUAAAAAAACUAAAAUAAAACAGUCCCUUUGCCACUCUCAUUUCACCUGUAUCAUGGCUGUUUUUCUUAGACUUUUUAAAAAUGCAUGUCUCUAUCAUGAGGACUCUGUGGCUUAAGAAAAAUGAGUAUCAGUUUGUGAAAACACCCAGCUCUCUAAACUACGCUUGUCAGAAUUUGAACUGGUGGCACUGAUGACACUGCUUUUCCUGAACCGCAGCAUUUUCUCUACCACACCUCUGGUC